AUGUGUGGAAUCUUUGCCUACUGCUCCUUCCUCGUCGAGAAGGACAGACAAUACAUCUGUGACGUCUUAUGCAAUGGCUUGGCAAGACUUGAAUACCGAGGAUAUGACAGUGCAGGUAUCGGUAUAGACGGUGACUCGCCUGAAGCUCCCAUUCUCCUAUUCAAGGAGGUUGGCAAAGUCGCUGCUCUCCGAAAACACAUCAAGGAGGCUUCUGCUUCGCCCAACCAGACCAACGGACACGCAGCCUCCGCAUCCUUGGCCAACGGCGAGGACUCUGCAGAGGCUCAGGAUGGCGUCUCACCCCUCAAAUCCGAUGCUAAUGGUCAUGCCAAUGGUAACAGUAUUGUCGUCGCGGGCGGAAUCGUCAAGUCCGUCGACAUGAGCAAAAUCUUCCUGUCGCAGACGUCUAUGGCUCAUACUCGAUGGGCUACACAUGGUGUUCCCAGUCCUCUCAACUGUCACCCUCACGUCAGCGACCCCAUGACCGAGUUCAGCUUGGUUCACAAUGGUAUCAUUACCAAUCACAAGGAACUCAAGGUCGUCUUGGAGAAGCGAGGGUACCACUUCCACACGGACACCGACACCGAGGCUGUGGCCGUCUUGUGUAAAUACGUCUGGGACAGUCAGCCUAACAAGCGGCUCAACUUCACAGAGCUCAUCAAGACUGUCAUCAAAGAGCUGGAGGGAUCAUUCGCCUUCGUCUUCAAGUCGACCCACUUCCCGGACGAGAUCGUGGCCGCACGACGUGGUUCUCCUCUCCUCAUCGGAGUUAAGACGGAUCGAAAGCUCAAGGUCGAUUUUGUCGAUGUCGAGCUGUCGAGCGAUGAUCGAGUUGAGGAUCCAGCUACUGGUGGUUUGCUCAGCGUCCCCAGCGUUGCGCCAAACGGCCACGCUCCACAAGGCCCCAAGAUCCGCAGAUCUCAAUCUCGCGCUUUCCUCUCCGAGGACGGCAUGCCUCAGCCAAUCGAAUACUUUGUGGCCUCAGAUGCAAGUGCUGUUAUUGAGCACACCAAGAGGGUUUUGUACCUCGAGGAUGAUGACAUUGCUCACAUCGCUGAAGGAGAGCUUCAUAUCCAUCGGCUUCGACGAGACGACGGACUCUCCUCUGUCCGAGCAAUUGAACACCUUGAGAUUGAACUCGCUGAAAUCAUGAAGGGUCAAUACGACCACUUCAUGCAGAAGGAAAUCUACGAGCAGCCCGAGUCGGUCGUCAACACUAUGCGUGGUCGAGUCAACUUUGACACUCACACCGUCAUGCUUGGAGGUCUCAAAGCGUACCUGCCUGUCAUUCGACGAUGCAGACGACUUUUGUUCGUCGCUUGCGGAACGAGUUAUCACUCUUGUAUCGCUGUCAGACCUGUAUUCGAGGAAUUGACCGAUAUCCCCGUCGCCGUGGAGUUGGCUUCCGACUUUUUGGAUCGUCGAACUCCAGUGUUCAGGGAUGAUGUCGCCAUCUUUGUGUCUCAGUCUGGAGAGACUGCCGACACGAUCCUGGCCAUGAGAUACUGUCUUGAGCGUGGCGCUCUUUGUCUGGGUGUUGUCAACGCCGUAGGAUCUACACUCUCGCGAGAAACUCACAGUGGUGUGCACAUCAACGCCGGACCUGAAAUAGGUGUUGCAUCUACCAAGGCGUACACUUCGCAAUACGUUGCGUUGGUCAUGAUUGCCGUACAGCUCUCGGAUGAUUCCAUCUCCAAGACAGCUCGUCGCCAACAGAUCAUAGAGGGACUUUACCAUAUUCCCAAACAGAUCCGAAGCGUCCUCGAAAUGGACAAGGUCUUGCAACAGAUGGCCAAGGAGAUGCUCGGCAAGGAGAAGAGCUUGUUGAUUAUGGGGAGAGGAUACCAAUACGCCACAUGCCUUGAGGGUGCUUUGAAAAUCAAGGAAGUGUCCUACAUGCAUAGUGAAGGGAUUCUUGCUGGAGAGUUGAAGCACGGGCCUCUCGCACUUGUCGAUGAACACCUUCCCGUCAUCUUCAUUAUGACUAAGGAUUCGCUGUACCCCAAGGUGCAAUCUGCCUUGGCCCAAGUCACCGCUCGAAAGGGGCGCCCGAUCAUUAUCUGCAAUGAGGACGACAACUCGGUCUCGAGCGAGUUCAAGACCUUCCGAGUGCCUCAAACCGUGGACUGUCUGCAGGGACUGAUCAACGUCAUUCCUCUCCAAUUGCUAUCGUACCAUCUCGCCGUUAUGAACGGUGUAGACGUCGAUUUCCCUCGAAACCUUGCCAAAUCCGUUACGACUGAAUGA